AUGGAUGACAUCGCGGGCAAGACGUCACCGGAUGGCAAACCUGUUGUGAGGAUAUGCCAGAUAUUGAACUCGGCUGGUGUACCAAAUGUUCUUUGGGGCAAUUAUUUGCUGAGGAUCUAUGGUGUGCCAACCAUCAUUGACGAUGUGGCCUUUGUUGUGCCUGAUGAUCAAAUAACGGCAGCUUCAUCUGCCCUCGUUCAGGCUAAUUUUACUCUUUGCAAUAACCUGAACUGCGAUCGCUCAUAUCGUUUUCAGGCUCGACGCCCUUUGGUGCACUUUCACAUGAGUGAUGUGUUUGUGCUAUCGUUGUACCAAAAAUCCGACGUCCUCUGGGAGCUCACAGCUCUCGAUUCUCCUACAUCGGAAAACGCCGGCAGCAUCCUAAGUGCGUCGGACCCUUUGCUGCCCUCAGCCGCUCCAGGCAGGGGCCAAGGGCGAUUGUCGUCAGAAUAUUCCGCUGUACGGGUUCCAGCCGUUGCAAAAUAUUGUGAGAGCUUGCUUCUCCUCAUGUGCCGCGAUUACGAUACUACCUACGAGACUUACUGGAUGGCCUUGUUGACUUAUAUACUCGAGUAUGUUGAUGAGACCGGUUUUUUCUGCGUUGAAGAUUUGGGAUAUGAGUUUAGAGAGUUUUAUUGCGCCGCGAAAGAAGCCGAUACUUCUUGCAUGUGGCGGCUUUUGGAGGAGCUCCGCUCCAACUUGUCUUUGAGCGGUCGUCUGCCGAAUAGCUAG